CUUAUCCUAGUGCAGUGCAAGGAUGCAUUUGUGGCUGCCUGCGCCAUCUUGUCUCGUUAACCAGUUGUUUCAGCUCUCAGACUAGACACAAGUGCUCUACAGCACAGCUCAUCAACUCUCCAAUUAUUGAUAUUUCCAAGCCUAUUUCUCCACACUGGCCUAUGCAGAGUCGUGUAGCAUGUGUACCAAUAGCCUACAAGUAGAACUGCAGCAACCGAAGGGUGUUUCCAGGGAGUGGCGGAAACUGCGGAAUGGGGACUGUAAACUCCUGCGUGUUCUGGAGCAAAGAUGCUGGCACAAAGGACACUCCUGGCCGAGUACACGCUACUCGGUACCAGUAUGUUCUGCCCGGUAUCAUAGGCGUCACCAGGCGAGAUACAAAGGAGCCAUCAACAUUGUCUGAGCCACCUGAACAGCCCUAGUGCAGAACCCUUUGUUCACACGCACGCACGCACGCACGCACGCACGCACGCACGCACACACACACACACACACACACACACACACACACACACACACACACACACACGUUCGUACGUACAGUACACACACUGAAUGUCCUCCUGCCCAGUCCACCUUAAGAAGGCUCAGGCCUGUGUGUGCGUGUGCCUGUAUGUGUGCAUGCGCGCACGUGCAUGUCCUCCUACCCCAGUGCAGUGGUAGGGAAGCAACAGGCUGGGGCUGUGAGGCUGAGCGAGACACAAUCCGACAAUGGAGCUGUAGCCAGACAGCUCUGUCUCUCUGCACUGCAACGGAUCGGGGCGAGACGCCUCAGCGCUGCUGUUUGCAUACCAAGCUGAACAAAUAAAACUGUUUGUCACAGGGCUGAGGCGGAGGCUCGAAAUAGGUUUCCCUUUUUUAUGCAAGAAGAGAGCUCUAGCAGCAAUAGACGAGCAAUAGAGAUUUCCAAUAGAAACCCAGUUUAUUCCGUUAUUAUUCCGUGACCCAAAAAAAUUCUCAAAGACGAGACAGUUACCUAGACUAGACCUUUACAGUGCAAAUCUACACCUUAUAGCGCUAUAUCCUAACACAGUGUCUGCUGCAAAAAUAAAUGCUACAUUUGACACAUUUCACUCUCCCCUCGAUCCACACCGAACCAUUGUGUGUGAAUCGACAAUGCAGAUUUAAAACAUGUUCGACUUUCAAUGUUAAUAAGCUAGAGGUGAGAAUGUCUGACCCAGGGGUGAGCUAUGUUAAUAAGCUAGUGGUGAGAAUGUCUGACCCAGGGGUGAGCUAUGUUAAUAAGCUAGUGGUGAGAAUGUCUGACCCAGGGGUGAACUAUGUUAAUAAGCUAGUGGUGAGAAUGUCUGACCCAGGGGUGAGCUAUGUUAAUAAGCUAGUGGUGAGAAUGUCUGACCCAGGGGUGAGCUAUGUUAAUAAGCUAGAGGUGAGAAUGUCUGACCCAGGGGUGAGCUAUGUUAAUAAGCUAGUGGUGAGAAUGUCUGACCCAGGGGUGAGCUAUGUUAAUAAGCUAGAGGUGAGAAUGUCUGACCCAGGGGUGAGCUAUGUUAAUAAGCUAGAGGUGAGAAUGUCUGACCCAGGGGUGAGCUAUGUUAAUAAGCUAGUGGUGAGAAUGUCUGACCCAGGGGUGAGCUAUGUUAAUAAGCUAGUGGUGAGAAUGUCUGACCCAGGGGUGAGCUAUGUUAAUAAGCUAGUGGUGAGAAUGUCUGACCCAGGGGUGAGCUAUGUUAAUAAGCUAGAGGUGAGAAUGUCUGACCCAGGGGUGAGCUAUGUUAAUAAGCUAGUGGUGAGAAUGUCUGACCCAGGGGUGAGCUAUGUUAAUAAGCUAGAGGUGAGAAUGUCUGACCCAGGGGUGAGCUAUGUUAAUAAGCUAGUGGUGAGAAUGUCUGACCCAGGGGUGAGCUAUGUUAAUAAGCUAGUGGUGAGAAUGUCUGACCCAGGGGUGAGCUAUGUUAAUAAGCUAGAGGUGAGAAUGUCUGACCCAGGGGUGAGCUAUGUUAAUAAGCUAGUGGUGAGAAUGUCUGACCCAGGGGUGAGCUAUGUUAAUAAGCUAGUGGUGAGAAUGUCUGACCCAGGGGUGAGCUAUGUUAAUAAGCUAGAGGUGAGAAUGUCUGACCCAGGGGUGAGCUAUGUUAAUAAGCUAGAGGUGAGAAUGUCUGACUCAGGGGUGAGCUAUGUUAAUAAGCUAAAGGUGAGAAUGUCUGACUCAGGGGUGAGCUAUAUGUGCCACAUGGUACAUGGAUGAGACUGCUUGUUACCCAGGGUUGCACACACUGCAGUGCGCAAGCAGUUAACGACACACACAUACUCACUCACACACACACCUCACAGGGGCAGAUGUUGUUAUUGCAUCUCUGCUAUACAUAGUUACAGUAGUACAGAAUAAAUAAGUUUAGGU